AUGGAGCCCGACCCCGACGUUCAGGCCAUCAUAGCCAGUUUCAGCGCUCUCAGCUCAAAGCAGGCUCGUCAAGCUGUGUACGGUGGCAUCCUGGAUCAGCUCGUCCUGGAUGAAUGGCGCGAGGUGAGGAGCCGCAUCAACCCCCAGAUCUUUCAACGCGACUUGGUCGGCACCUUGCCUCUGGAGAUUGUCGCUCUGAUUGUCGAAUACUGGGAGCUAGUCGAUGUCGUUCGCUUUCGCAGGGUUUCGAAGCGAUGGCAAGAAGUGCUUUCCUCCUCGACCGUCUGCCGUGCUGCUUAUUGGGCCUGUACAGGCACUGAUGUGUCGUCGGUACACUCGUCUUGGCAGUUGACCAAACUCCUUGAGAAAAGAAUUCGACAAGAGCGCGGCCUGCCAAUCAUCGUAGCAGAAUUCGAACGCGCUCUAGCAAUAUCUCCUACCGUUCAGUCAAGGUUAGUCUUCAACGAUGGAGUCUUGGUCUGGCCCGAAGAGAAGACCGAGUACACCUCAAUCGCGAUCAUGAACCUGUGGACAUGCAAGCACGAUCGUCUUAUGACUGAAAAUCGAGAUAGACUGCUAGAAACCCGUGUCUCCAAAGGGUUUCUAGCGGCUAUCACCAUGCGAGGAUACUGUCAUGUUUGGAACCUUGACUCCCACGAAGAAAAGUCUUUCCGAUUGCCUUCAACAGGCCCUACUGAUCACUUUCUCAUCAAUGGGACCAAAGUUGUUGUCAGCUUUGAGAGCUUCUUGGUUCACUGGUGUUUCAAUUCCGAGGUCACUCGGCAAGUUGAUACUGGGUGUAAGGUCCAACUGGUCGCAUUGCACGCGCCAAAGGAUCAGAUCACGGUUGCUACUUUGGAGAAGAAAAAUUUUGGAGUCAAGUUUGACCAGACCUCUGACCUUCAACUGCAUGUGCAGAAAUUCUCAGUCAACGACUCCGGCGCAGUCUGCCGCGUGCUCUCGCGACGCCAGAAUAUCUCCUUAGGCAAACAUUUCGUAAUGCGAUACGUUAAUCAUGGAGCAAUGGCCUUUGGCGGGUAUCAGAGCACCACUUUCUUCGAAUAUGUCAACGAGGAGACUGAUCAGGAAGGUUCAUGCUUUUUUUCGCUUGAGCCUGAUGAGAACAUGAUCAGGUUCGACCUCCUCCCAAACACAUUAUACUCCUUUCAAGUGUUUCCUGUGAGCAAUUACCUGGCAUACUCUCGAUCCUUCGAAACUGAAGGAAUAUGUAUUCUCAAAUCCAUACUUUGGAAACCUGGUGUACAUCGAUACUCUGUGCGCGAUUUAGAGCCUCCGAAGGAGGGCUGCACGAUGUGCGCAGACGGUGAUUUCGUUGUGUUUGUCGGCCAGAACGGUCUGCAAAUCUGGGCCUUUGACGAAAGAUGGGUGCCCCCCAAAGCUCCAGGCUUGGUGGUCUGGAGUCCUUCCUGA